AUGCAUCGUCAAACGAAGGUACAGAGAGCAAGCACAAGGCAAGAAACUAAUACAACUCUACACACAAACUCAACCAACAAACGCACACAGCCAACGACUUGGCCCAUAGAAACAACAACGCAACACAUAUUUACAAUAGGAAACACUCACAUACAGACACACACACACCACCAACAAUUCUCUACACGCAUUGCGAUGUUUAACGCGCUUACACGGGGCAAUAACAACAACUCAGACUCAGCUACACACACACACGAACGUACGAGCAACAACGACAACCUCAACGAAGAUGAUAGCAAAGAGGAAGAAGAACAAGCAAAACAUUCCAGUCCAACACGACAAAAAGAGCAACCUUCAGCACGAAAAGCGGUGGAUGGUGAUGAUGUUUCUUUUACGGGCGGCCAUCAUGAUAAUGAUGACGAUGUUGAUCGUAGAGUUGGCGGUUACGGUAAUGUUUAUGGCAGCGGUGGUGGUGGUAAAGGUGUUUAA